AUGUCCUUUCAAGUUAGGUCUUGCCUGCGACUCGCAAGGCAAUUCUCCUCAGAUCCUGCAAAGCACCAGAGAUUCCUUGCCCGUGCGUUCUCGAGUUCCGUGAGACGAAAUGAGAUCAACAAGAUCCUUCCCUCUGCUGAAGAGGCUAUUAAGGACAUGAAGCCCAAUACGACUCUUUUGGCAGGAGGCUUUGGUCUGUGUGGUGUCCCUGAUACUCUGAUCAACGCUGUUCGAAAAACCCCCUCGAUCACAGGCUUGACUGUUGUUAGCAACAAUGCCGGUGUUGACGGUUCCGGACUCGGUUUGCUCCUUGAGAGCAAGCAGAUUAAGAAGAUGAUCGCCAGCUAUGUCGGAGAAAACAAGACCUUCGAACGAAUGUACCUCAGCGGCGAGAUAGAGCUGGAAUUGACGCCGCAGGGCACGCUGGCCGAGCGAUGCCGCGCUGGUGGAGCGGGAAUCCCUGCCUUCUACACUCCGGCUGCAUUCGGCACGGUCGUCCAGACCGGUGAGCUACCUCUGAAGCACAACAGCGACGGAACCGUGGCUUUGUACGGUAAACCUCGGGAUGUCAAGGUCUUUGAUGGCAAAAGCUAUGUGAUGGAAGAGGCGAUCAAGGGUGACUACGCCUUCGUUAAGGCGUGGAAGGCCGACAAGCUGGGUAACUGCCAGUUCCGAUACGCAGCCGCCAACUUCAACGGCGCCAUGGGCCGCAACGCCAAGAUGACCAUCGUCGAGGCCGAACACAUUGUCGACGUGGGCGAAAUCGAGCCGGCGGCCGUGCAUCUGCCUGGUAUUUACGUCAAACGUGUUAUCCAGAGCACCGAGGAGAAGAAGAUUGAGAAAUACACCUUCGCAAAGGAGGAUGACGGUGCUGAUAUGUCCGCCCUGGGCAAUGGGGACACCGCCAGCAAGCGUGAGCGGAUCGUCCGUCGCGCCGCGAAGGAGUUCAAGAACGGCAUGUACGCCAAUCUGGGCAUUGGCAUGCCCAUGCUGGCCCCUAACUUUGUCGACCCGUCUGUCGAGGUGAUGCUGCAGUCGGAGAACGGUAUUCUGGGUCUGGGCCCUUACCCGAAGAAGGGCCAGGAGGAUCCCGAUCUGAUCAACGCUGGAAAGGAAACUGUCACUCUGCGGCCCGGCGCCGCAGUCUUCGGCAGCGAUGAGUCGUUUGGCAUGAUUCGCUCUGGACGCAUUGACUUGACAAUCUUGGGCGCGAUGCAGGUCAGCGCGAAGGGUGACCUCGCGAAUUGGAUGCUUCCCGGCAAAAUCAAGGGCUUUGGAGGAGCCAUGGAUCUUGUCUCCAACCCUUCGUCCACCAGGGUUGUCGUGACGAUGGAACACACGGACAAGAAGGGCAAUCCGAAGAUCCUUAAGCAGUGCGAGUUCCCGCUCACAGGCAAAGCUUGCGUCAGCCGCAUUAUCACCGAGCUGGGUGUCUUCGAUGUCGACUUCAAGGAGGGUCUGACCCUGAUUGAAAUUGCUGACGGGGUCACGGUUGAUGAGAUCCGGGCCAAGACAGACGCUCCUUUCCGUGUGGCUGAUGAUCUCAAGCCGAUGCUGUGA